GUCCCGUUCACCAGUAAGGAGCGUCCACGUUGUUUGCUAUCCCCGGCUUGCUGGUCAUACAUCUGAUCGGAUCUCUGACCGAAUUUAUUGUAUUAUCGUCGUGGGAACGAUAAAAACAAAUCAACAAUGGUAAAAUCCGGAUUGCUAGCUUUACUAGCACUGGUGCUGUUUUCAGCGUUUGCUGGUGCCCAAGAUGAUAUAGAUACAGAGGACACGAAAACAGAAACUACAGAAUCCAUCUACGUACCCCCUAAACCAAGCGGAAGUCCCCAUUUCUAUGAUGCUUUUUUGAGUGUUGAUGAUUUCAAAAAAACCUGGGUGGUUUCUCAGGCCAAGAAAGAUGGCGUAGAUGAAGACAUUGCCAAGUAUGAUGGUAAAUGGGCUUUAGAGGAGCCAGAGAAACAGCCACUAGUUGGUGACUUGGGAUUAGUAUUGAAGUCACGGGCCAAACAUCAUGCCAUCAGUGCACCUCUCAGCAAGCCAUUUGUUUUUGAAGACGAUCCACUCAUUGUACAGUACGAGGUAAAGUUCCAGAAUGGUCAAGAAUGCGGUGGUGCUUACAUCAAGUUACUUUCUGGAGACAAGAAGUUGAAGCUGUCGGAAUUUCAUGACAAGACUCCUUAUACUAUCAUGUUUGGACCCGAUAAGUGCGGCCAGGAUGCUAAGCUUCAUUUCAUCUUUAGACACAAAAAUCCAAUCACAGGAGAAUAUGAGGAGAAACAUGCUCAGAAACCUAGUGGUGACAUCAGUAAUAUGUUCAAUGAUAAGCAGACACAUCUGUAUACAUUAGUUGUAAGACCGGACAAUUCUUAUGAAGUAUUCGUAGACCAAGCUAGUGUUAACUCUGGUAAUUUACUGCAAGAUGUCAGGAUUCCGGAUCCAGAUGCUGUGAAGCCAGAAGAUUGGGAUGAAGAUGAACCAAAGCAGAUUGCUGAUCCGGAUGCAGUGAAACCAGACGGUUGGUUAGAUGAUGAAGAAGAGUUGAUUGAUGACCCAGAUGCAGAGAAACCAGAAGACUGGGAUGAUGACAUUGAUGGAGAAUGGGAACCUCCACAGAUUGAGAAUCCUGCAUGUGUUCCUGGUUGUGGUGUAUGGGAACCACCGAUGAUCAACAAUCCAAACUACAAAGGCAAAUGGAAAGCUCCAUUUAUAGAGAAUGAAAAUUACCAAGGGGAGUGGUCGGCAAGGAGAAUUGCGAAUCCGGAUUACUUUGAAGAUCUUAAUCCAUUUAAAAUGACGCCAUUUAGUGCUGUUGGUCUUGAACUGUGGUCCAUGUCUGAUGGUAUCAUAUUUGAUAAUUUUAUAAUAACAAAUGAUAAAGCCAUAGCCGAUGACUGGGUUGAACAAACCUGGGUACCAAAGAACUACCAAGAAGAAAAUAAAGAAUCAGCCGAGAGCGUUGUUGGCGGACUCUACAAUGCAACUGAAGGUCGGCCAUGGCUGUGGGCUGUCUAUGCUUUAAUUGUACUAAUACCAGUGGCCAUGUUUCUCAGCUUUUGUAUACCAAAGAAGAAGCAUCCUAAGAAAACCGAUGCUCCAUCCCCAGAUGAUGAACCACAGGAAGAAGAAGAAGAAGAAGAAAAGGCCAGUAAGAAAGCAAGUAAAUCUGAUUUAGAAGCAACACAGGAGGAAAAAGAAGAUGGUGAUGAUGAUGAUGAAGAAGAAGAAAAAGAAAAUGCUGGUAACAAUGAGGCAAGUGAUAAUGAUGAUAAAGAAGAAGGGGAAGAAGAAGAGGAAGAAGAAGAAGUGAAAGAGGAGGAGGCAGAUGAAGUAGUAGAAGAACCUGAAGAACCAUCACCAAGAUCUACAAGAAAGCGGCGGUCAAGAAAAGAUUAACCUAUGAAUAGAUUAAUUAAAUCCAGCAAUAUAACAGAAAACAGGUCUAUAAAAACAUAGUUUCAAAGUUGGCGACAAAUCCAUCUAUACAUGUGUUACGGAGGAGUAAUUACCUCCAGCAUUCAGGGAGUAAAGUGCAUUGCAGGUCACAAAUGUUUACAUUUCAAUUUUGGAAAACAGACAGACAGACGGAUGACAGACAAACAGACACACACUUUUACUUACAAUAAUGUUGAUUGAUGACAUCAUCAUUCUGUAAACUCAAUGACAAUCGUUGACUCCAUUGCAUUAGCGAUUUGACACUAGUUGCUAUGGAAACUUAAUGACAAUCAUUAACGUCACUGCAUCAGUAAUUACCGGUAGAUACUAGUUGCUAAUAAUGCUAGUUUAGGUACCAGUUUCUACUAAAUAAUAUAUGCCUAGUUUAAUUAAAGUACCAGUUGCUAAUACCGGUAAUGCUAAUUUAACCUUGGUUUAGGCAAUAGGACAGAAUGAUAUUUAAAAUAAAAUGCUUAUUUUGGUGGAUUUCACACGAUCAUUUAAUAAUGAUUUAAUCCUGAGUGUCAUAAAUACUAUUUUGUUUAUUCAUUCUAUGUACACGCACGCAGCUCACUGAUUCUCUUCCCUGAUUGCCUUUGGCAUCCAAUCUAUGUAUAGAAUUGAAACUGUGUUGUUUUAUUUACUGUUUCCGUUGGUAAUAUUGCUGUAGCAAGAGGUUAAGGGGGAGGGGGCAGGAAUUUUUUACUUUUUGUAUUCAGGGAUGUUUUGCUGAAUAGUUUGUACAUUUUUAUUUUAUUAAGUCGAGUGAUGCAUUUCAGGUGUUCAGAUUGUGAUGAAACGGAAGUCUAAAUAGGAGUGGUUUAUUUUCACAAGGGUUGGUCGGUGAGGGGGUGGGAAUGUCAGGAAAGAUUACGCUGUGAAUAUCAUAAAUAUUUGCAUGCUGUUAUAAUUGUAUGACGUAUCGGUCGCUUACUCAUUUGAUACAAUAAGAUGAUUUUGGCUCAUUGGUUUAAAAAUAAAAUCUGAAAAAAAUUAUGAACUGAUACCCGUUUAAAUUUUCCUCACCAACAUGCACUAAAACAUUGACGGAAUAGUUAUUAUACACUGUAAAAUGUUUAAUUUUCACUGUUAGGAAUGUUCACUAUUAAAGGAUUUUAUCGAAUUCGUAAAGAAAAAAUUUUGCAAAAGUCACUGACGAGAAAUUUGUGUUGCCAAGGCCUAAGGGAAACUCGCUUCUCCAAAGUUUUUCCAUUUUUCACUGAUUCACAAAAAUGUGUCUUGCGCAACAUUGAAUCACUUUACAGUAAUCAGUGUGUUGUAUGUGAAAGUGGAAAUGCAUUUUGUAUUACAAAGUAGUUUUUGUUUUUGCUCAUUUUUUGUAGUUUGCUGUAAUAAUAUUUUCAGAGACAUUUAUUGAACUCCCCUUGUUUCUGAUAAGCUAUAUUUCAAAUCUCUGCCAUUUUUUUUUUUUUAUGCAAAAUAAAAUGAAGAAUUUGUUUCAAAAUAAAUUUACAUCAAUUGAAAGUGGAGAAAAUUUGUCAGCUCAUAAAAAAAAGGUAAUUUUCGCUCAACGAUGUUUUUGGUAAUUAUUUAAGGUGGUGAUGUACCCAGCUCCCUAUCGCACAUACAUGCACACAGCUGUGGAAUAACAUGUCCUGCAUGCAGACAGGAGAUUAUUGUCUUUGAUUAAUUUAUAUUAAUCUGAUGAAUGUGUUAUCCAAUAGACCAUUUUCCGUUCACUGCGAGAAUCGCGCGUUAUUCGUGAAGUCGAAAAUAAAAACAGGUCAAACAAAGGUCAUAGUGGCGUCAAACAUCGCGUGGGAUAUGAACAAACUCGAAAGUAUUUUGGGGGACAUUUCCGUGCUUAAUAAUGUGCUGUACACAUUUGAUGAUAGACGAUUUCGAUUAAGUGAGGGUAUUCAAAAGCAAUAUUCCUCCGUCGAAGAUCGGUCGGUCAAUUUGAGCUACGAAAUAAAGUUCAAAAUAAAAUCAUUUCAUUUUUGCGGCAGACGUCCGACGUGCGUCUUUCAUGCAUCUCGCAAUUGUACGGAAAAUCACCUAUUGUACUGCACAUCAAAACACAUAUUUCCACUUUUGUUUAUAUAGCGAUAAUUUCAUAGAACCCUUGACAAUUUGUGUCAACACUGUGUCAACAGCUUUCUUUUAGAAUCAAGUUUUGGGAUAUUUUAAGCAUAUUCGCUGGUUGUAUAAAUUCCUGAAUUUUACAAUAUUGUGUUUAUUUGGAUUUAUUUAUUAUAAAUCAAAACCCAGUGUUUAAUUAACAUGUGUGCUCUUCACGGCCGAUAUGCGGAUAUCACUCGGAGUCGCUAUAUGGUUGCAACUAGUGAUUUCAUUGCCUACACCUUGUUAGACAUGACACUCAAUGCUUGGAAAGUAUUGAUGUCUGGUGGAACUAUUAAAAGCGCUGGAAUAAUAAAAUGCUACUUAUUUUGCCUACAGACACACCAAUGCUUCUAAUAGAACAAAUACUGUUAUCACACUGAAUUCAUUGAACCAGUCUUGUAUUUACUUUUCUACUCGUUGGUUCAUGGUAUUAUUAACGACAGCAUUUGUUGAUAGUACAUUGGUGUAAACUUUAGUUCCACUUCUAUUACUUUAUGCUUGAAUUAUUAAAAAAAAAAGCAGAGUAUGCUUGUUGAUAAAUAUAUGCAAACUUUUUUGAGAAAUACAUGUUGUACAAUUUGCGAUAAGAUUUCUGUUCAGAAUAAAAUGUAACACUAGU